GUUUUUAGAUACUUCCAAACAAGCCAUAGGAAUGCUCUUCAUCCACUUCGCAAAUGUGUACUUAGCGGAUCUAACCGAAGAGGACCCUUGUUCACUAUCUGGACGGGUCAUGAUGUGGUUAGCUGGUUCGGGGACAUCACCAAGCCAGAGGACUGGAAGGGUGAUCUCCCAUAGGGGAGUUGGCUAGGAAAGGGUCCCGUCCCUUGGACCCCUGAGCCCUGCGACAGGCUUGUGUCAUCUUCUGGUGAAUCAUCUCGAUGCCAAUGGCUGAGGCAGGCUAGGAGCCAGCUCUCACCCAGCAUGCUCUGGGGCAAAGAGACCUAACUCCUGGUGCAGCCAGGGCCACGUCGCUUCCCAUCACAGCACCUCCAUCACCCAGCUGCAAAAAGAGGACAACAAAGCUUUAUGAAGGCAUUGGCAACCUGGAUUUAAAAGGCAUCGGCAAGGAUGGAGAACAGGAUGGAAAAUGCAUCACUAGGGCUGUUGACAGCUGUUGGGAGAAAAGGCCCGAGAUGGAGCAUGGCGCAGUGAAAGAACACUCGACUGAGAGGCCAGACUGUGGGAGCAUAGCUUUACUCCCCUGGGCCUCAGUUUCCCCAUCUGUCCUGAGUGCCCUGCCAGCAUCACGCGAUUACCCAGAAAGUUUCAUGAGGUACCUCAUCAACUUUCUCCUGGAUGCCACGGUCGGCAUGCUGCUUAUCUACGUGGGCGUGCGAGCCGUCAGCGUCCUGGUGGAGUGGCAGCAGUGGGAGUCCCUGCGUUUUGGCGAAUAUGGAGACCCCGUGCAGUGUGGAGCCUGGGUCGGGCAGUGUGCCCUCUACAUCGUCAUCAUGGUUUUUGAAAAAUCUGUGGUCUUCAUCGUCCUCCUGAUACUUCAAUGGAAAAAGGUGGCCCUACUGAAUCCCAUUGAAAACCCAGACCUGAAACUGGCCAUCGUCAUGCUGAUCGUCCCCUUCUUUGUCAAUGCUUUGAUGUUUUGGGUAGUAGACAAUUUCCUCAUGAGAAAGGGGAAGACGAAAGCUAAACUAGAAGAAAGGGGAGCCAACCAGGACUCGAGGAAUGGGAGCAAGGUCCGCUAUCGAAGGGCUGCGUCCCACGAGGAGUCCGAGUCUGAGAUCCUGAUCUCGGCUGAUGAUGAGAUGGAGGAGUCUGACGUGGACGAGGACCUCCGCAGACUGACACCCCUAAAACCUGUGAAGAAAAAGAAGCACCGCUUCGGGCUGCCUGUAUGACACAUUCCCUGCCAGGGGUGACAGGGUUGGGGCCCAGCCGGCCGCCGGGCCAGCAGAUGAUCAUUCCGCAGCGCCCUCCUCCUUCCUCUCUCUGCCCCCUCCUCUUCUACCUCCACCCCUCUUGCUGUCCCUGCCCACUCCCCGCUCCCAGACUACUGUGACUUAACCAGAGGGACAACGAACCAGCGCCCAACGGGCCGUGGGCAGGCAGAGGUCCCCCAUUCAGUUGCACUACAAACAUUGACCAAAUAUGCAAGCAAGGAGUUUGUUUGUUGUCCCGAAGUGUGUUGUGAGGGACCCAAAGCCCUGUCUGCAUCUAACCGGGUGGCGUUGUGGAAGAACACGCAUGUGCACACACAGGCGGUGGGCGCGUCCUUCACCAGGGCCGCGGGGGUAUGAGCACGGACACGUUUUGGGAUAAGAGUCACUCAUUGACCAAGUUGGAGCUGGUGUGCUUUCCUACUCGAAAUGGCUUUUGUAACUAUUGAUUUCUAAAGUGGUUUUAUGGGCUGUCACAGUGUUAAUGUUUUCUGAGUAUGUGUUUUUUUCCUACAAAGUACCUAUGGGACUAACAGGCAAAACAUAGAUUUUUAAGUCUUCCGUAUGCUCUUUGACUUUUAUAUUUUUAAGUUAUAUUUUCAUACUAUUGUAUUUAAAAAGCUCUUUUUAAUCCCCAGAGAAAUGGGUUUGUCUGCCUUCCGUUGGGUGUGAACUGGUGGGAGGAAAAAGUUAGGAGUGUUUUUACUUGGAAUAUUGUUGGGUGAGGUGAGGCGAAUGGUCCCGGUAGGAAGGGAGAAGGGCUCUGACCUGAGAUCUGCAAGCCCCGUAGUUCUGUGAGGGUCCAGACGUGAGCAGGGUCUGCUGGUCUGAAGGGAGGUCUGGGGGCCCAGUGCAUGGGAAACCGAAAGGCUCUUCCUGGGCCCACGAGCUCAUUGGCAUUUCUGCUGUCAAGUUAGAGGUGUUGGUCCCUGUAAGUUAAAUGUGACCAAGAAAGGAGCCGAAGAGGUCUUUUUGUCCAGAAAAAUGGAGACUGCCAGGCCACUGCCAUGUGUCCCCGCCUCUCUUCAGAGCCUCCCAGCCCAAUGUUUAAGAUGCAGACUCAGCCGCCCACCUCCCGCUUCUGCAGCCUCUGGACUCAGCUCCAGGACCCUCAUCUCAUGCUGCCCUGGGGUCUGUCACCUCAGUGUCAUGGACUCGCUGUGCUCAACAGUCUGGAGAACUCCUACCUGACCAAGUGACCCUGCUUCUCACAUCUUCCACAGCUGUGGGUGCUGGGACAGGCGGAGGUGAGAGCUCUCUCAGUCCACGGGCAGGACAAGAUGCAUCUAAGCCCAUGUCCCCUCCUGGUGAUUGGCCCCCCUCCUCAGCGUGGGCACAGGCCCCUGUGCCAUUGGGAAUUUGCUGCAUGGCGGUGGGAUGUGCAGAGGCUGACCGAAGCACCUUCUGCCACUGUGGAGCCUCGUGCAAGGUAAAGCAGCCCAGGUUUGUCACAGCCAAGCAGCAGCCACCGAAGUUGAGGAAGAAAACCACCGUGCCAGCUGGGAGUGAGGCAAGCACAGGGGAAGACACGCGAGCCUUCUCAGACGUACACAGAAACAUGCUUUAGUGCAGAAGGGUCUAGACUGUGGUGUGUGGCAAGCCGUUAAACUGGGCACCCAGGGACUGUCUGCUGAUGGUUUCACCAGUUCCUCUGGACACGGGUCAGGCCUUGGCCAGGGCUUCUCAGCACGUCUUCUCCCAGAGUCCAGGAGCCAGAGGGCCGAGAGGAGCCAUGACCUCCAACUGUGCAGUGAGAGGUGGCUCUGCUCGUGUGAACAUCUGUGCAGCUGGAAAGGGGAGGCCAGAUGCCAGUGGUGCAUGGAAUUGGAAUCCAUCUUGGGCCUUGCAUUGGGUCCUCUUUCCAUUCACUCUUAUCACCCCCUUUCCUGCCUCCCCCGCAGAUCUCACGGCUAUGUAGUGGGCCUUUCCCUGCCAGUUCUCUAGUGAGGAAGCAUGGCUGGAGCUGGGCCAUGCUGAGUUGCAUUUGGGAAGACCAGGGCUGCCUUGGGUCCUGGUGAGACAGUCAGUCGCUGGUAGCAUCACUGCCCUUCCCAUCUUCUCCCUCCUGUUUGGUUUUAUUUGAACCACAUGCGUCCACAACUCUUUCUUCUUCUACCUUCCUGGAGCUCAGAAUUGGAGCUUCAUUUUCAGUCUUGUUUCCAGACCAGAGAGUGAGGGCUGGAGGGAAAGACCCAUAAUCUGUGAAAGACGGACACUCAAGGCUCAUCCUAGCCCCACCAAGCAGUGGGCUUUGGGGGCAGAGAGGUAGCAAGUGAGAAGUCCACCACCCUGCAUCCUGAUGUUCAGUACGGGUUCUGCGCUGCAGGUGUGGAGCUGGCUGCCGAGGGGAUAGAGCCCUCACAGGUGAUUGUGGAGGGCCUCAGCGUGUGAGAUUGCACGGCGUGGCCUUGCAUUUUGGCCUUAUCCUCCUCCCAAGUAGACACGUACACACACAUGCACACUACAUGCGUGGAGUAGCGAGGGGCUUUUCUGUGGUGCACUGCCCGAGAGAGGACAGUGCCGGGCCGUGGCCAGGACUUCCUCCCAGCUGCCCUCCCUCACCGCAGUGAGUUCUCUCACCGCUUGCUCCGAGGUGCCUUAUAAGGUGCAGCUCUUCACCCGGCCAAAUGGCCUGGCUAGGUAGCCAGAGGCUGGGAUCUCCAUGUUUGAGGAACGGUGGGACACCAGCUGGAUAUAGUGGGCUGUCAAGCUGAUUUGUCCAAGUUAGGGCCUUGGCCAAGCCCCCGUGAUGAAAACUGCAAGCCAAGGUCAUGAACAAGUUGCUCGUACCUAAUGGAACGAGCACAUAGAACUGUUACAUCGAACGGAGGACAUCAUCGUUGCUGCUGUCAGUGGGACAUGGACAAUAGCAAGGAGGGACAUCAGUGAAAGCCAUGGUGACAGUGGCUUCUUGGUCCCUCGGCCUGAAGAUGUACAAGCUGAAGGCCUGUGGCUAGUCAGCCUUCUGGGCACGCUGGUGGCCGCCUGCCUCAAGUUUUAACUUGUGCUGCUGCCUGACGUUCUGCCACAGGGAGUCAUGGUUAAUGUCCACCUGUCAUAUAUUCAAAGAGAAUAUAUAUAUAAAGGGUCAGAUCCAAGCUAUAACUUCCCUUAGGCGGGGGAAUCAUGCUGGCUCAGCCCAGAGUGCCCUUCUGCCCCGGCCUUGGCCCCCUGGCUUCAGUGUGCUGGCCUUUGGCAGCCAGGCCGACACGGGUGGCCAGAGCAGCCCACCUGGAGGGUGCCAGCAGGCUUCUAGAAGUCCCACAUGCUUCCAGCUAGGAAUGGGGAGCGCUCUGUUUUACCCUGUAAAACAACGGCCACUAUAAUUAAAGGGUUUGCUUUCGGUGAGGGACUUCUGGACUUUCUUGCAGUCAGCACCUUGAGUCUGUGUUGGUUGGUUUGGUUGGUUGGUUUUAACUUGAUUUUUCUUUUCAUGAGGUUCAUUACAAGUCAGACCUAUGUGAGCAAAACCAUGGCCCACUUCUGGCUGCCCUCCCAGUGCUGGUAUGUCAUCAGUGGUGGAAAGAUUCUUGAAAACAAAUUUUUGAAAUGAAAGGGAAGAUGGUGUACUUACAUUGUAAAA